AUGCGAAUCGCGUCGAUAUUGUAUCUAGCCCGCCUCGCGGCGGCGGCAGCAGAUGCAUCUGGAACCUGUUCAAGCACGGUUUAUAUUACUAGAACGACGGAUGAAGCCUCUCCUACUACAGCGCCCGCCAUUACUGUGGCGCCGGAUGAUAGCGGCCAAUUCACGGCCAUCGGCGAUGCGAUCUCAUAUGCUCAAGGAAACGGUAUACCGACAGUGACAGUCCUCCACGGCACGUAUCCAGCUAUCACUAUUGAAUCUACACCAUCGGUCACGAUCGUCGCGGAAACCAAAAGCGAAUACGACUAUACCCAGAACGAGGUGGUUGUCUUGAGCGACGGAACUGCUCUGACCAUUGCCGGUAACCUUGCGGGACUGACCUUCACAAAUGUCAAUUUCGUGAACAGCGGAUCAUCUGGAAGCGCGGCAAUCCUCAAAGGAACAGAUCUCGGGUUUUAUCAAUGCCAAUUCAUAUCAUCUGGUGAAUCGGGUAUCAGUGCAAACCAAGCCCUGGCCGUGAUUGCAAAUAGCUAUAUUGAGGCACCGACAGAUUUGAUUGAAGGAUCGGCGAACAUCUACAUUUUCAACACGGUCAUCUCACCUACCGAAAGCUCCGCAGUGAUUGUAUAUAUCGAGGGUCCAACAUCGAACGGCAAGUCUACGGUGGUGAUUGAUCGAUCUAGAGUCUCCCAGAAGUCGGGGGCGAACAACAACAAUGUCUACCUGGCCGCAGCUGCUGGGCCGGGAGCCGUUGUGGUGUAUAGGGACUCUGCCCUGGGAGGCUUAAUUGCCCCAAGUGGCGUCAAAAUCGACAGUGAAACUCAAAACGACGCCAACCUCUACGGUGAAUACGAUACGACGGGUGCUGGCGCCUACAUCAACAAUGAGGAUGCUCGGUCGGCGUUCGUUUCUUACCUCGAAACUUCAAGCCUAUCUUCAGUGUCUAUUGCGGCAGUCGUGGCUGAUGGAAAUUCGGACACGGCCUGGAUUGACCCUGCUGUUCUAGCCGCCAUUGAAAGUGCCGAUGUUUGA